AUGUCAGUUGUAAUAUCGCAUGAAUCUGUAUCACCCACUUUGAAUCGAAUGCGUAAUGAGGUACAACAGUUAGCUCGUUGGUUGACUACAAUCGGAAAUGUACUUGAAACUAGUCAAGCUAAACUCGGCGAUCGAUUUGACCAAGAAACUGAGAGUCAACAAUUACAGCAAAUAAAACAAGCUGUGACUGAUGGAAUUUUAUCAGAUAAACUGGUCAUCUAUCAUCCAGCCACUAUACAACUUAAAAUAAAACAAUUUCUAACGGAACUUGAAGCACGUAAACCUCAAAUAGAACGAAUGCAUUAUGAAAAAGAACGCCUUCUGUCUUGGACAACCAAAGAUCCAUCAGUUGAUGAGUUGGCAACACAAAUCUCUCGACUACUGUCUGGAUUUGCUCAGGCUAUUAUAGAGCUUGUUGAGGAUGAGACUAAACCGACCACUAUCUGCACUAACUCGACAAGUACUACUAAUACUAAUGCUAUACGAAGUAUCAAUUCUCGUCAUCAAACGGCUGUCCCGAGUCAAACUCACGAUUCAUCCAGAGAUUAUGCACCGAGUUAUUAUCUUUCAAGUGAACAGAAUAAAUCAGAACAGCCUAUGGUAAAACAAACAUACGAAGAUCCUACUUCGUUGUCUAGCCAAACACAACACUCUCCAACAUCAUCUCCAAUAAUUUAUGUCGAUUCAGUGAGUGUCAGUGGAAAAGAAAUUGAGAUAAACCCACCAGAUUCUACUAAUCCACCGUCAUCAAAUAGUCAAAGUGUUGUCAUGACAGCCAGUGAAAUCAAUGUUAGUGUCAUGCAUACAAAAAAUAGUGAAAUUCCCAGCUUAUCUCAGGUUGAAUUGGAAAAUAUUCAGGAAGAGAUUCAAUCGACUGAUACUGACACAGAUUCAUGUUUAACAGAACCACAAAUCUCACCAAACUAUUGUUAUCUAAUGAAUAAACGUCAUAGUCUAGAUGAAUAUGAAUUUAAAAAUUUAGAUUUCCCUAUAAAUAUGGAUUACUCUUCUGAUGAAAAGUAUCCAGGAGUUUUACAAGAAUUAGAAUCUCUUAAUGAAGCUAACAAACAGGAUGUCAACAAGAAUGAGUUGAUUUCAUCUGUAAAUAUACAAACUUCUGAGCAUAAUAUUUUUGUUGAUCAGUUACAAAAUCAAUGGAAUUCAAUUGAAAAACAAAUGAUUAAAAGAUCAGAACAAUUAGAUCAAAUAUUGACCGGUACACAGGCGUUGAAGGAAUUGGAACGUGAAGUAGAACGUGAAAUUAGCAAGGCAGAAGCAGAUUUGCAGAGUAUUGAUGCCUCAAAAUAUCAAGAAAAUGAACAAAGUUUAUCAGCCUCCAGAGUUCUUGUGAUGAGUCCAGAAACCUGUCGUAAACACUUACAAGAGUUAGUCGAUAGUUUACCCCAGAGAAGUGCUAAAAUUAGCAAUUACCAAAAUGAAUGUGAAGCUUUGAUGAAACAAUUUCGCUCUGAAGACACUAGUCGAAUACGUGCUGAUAUGGAAAAGUCGAUUAAACGCUGGAAUGAAUUGGAAAAAAUGAUUAAACAGACAAAACUUCAAUAUCUUGAAGAAAAACCAACUCCAGUGUAUGAUCAUUUCAAAGAACAACAAAGUAAACUGAAGGAUCGUAGAACGUCGAGUUCAGAUGGUAUAAGAAAGCCUACAUUGAAUGAACAAUUGGAGAUUAUUGAAAAUAAGUUCAAUCAAAUCUCUAAACUUGAAGCUGAACUAAAUCGUAAUGGUUCACAAAUGGAUAUUCAGUUGUUGAAUGAGAAAAAAGCUCAUCUUGUUGCUGAAUCACACACAUUGCAGACUGAAAUAAACAUGAUUGCAACACAGAUUGCCAGUACCGCCAAAUCAUCAGCUCAAGCUUUGAAUGUUUUACCCAAUCAAGAGUUCUUCCGACGUCUGCGUCAACUAAGAGAUAAAAUUGCCAACCUGCGACGUACAAUGCACUCGAGUUCAAGUAAUGCAAGUUUAUAUUUAGCCAGAUUAAAGGAACUAAACGAUUGGCUAUCGCAUAGAGAUGCUGCAUUUCGUGAAAUUCUUGUACCAAUUCAGGGUGAUUUAGGUAAUGUGAUCAAUUUGAGAGAACAAUUAUUAGGAUUAUUUCAAGAAUUGAAUGUGAAUCGUUUACAAAUUGAAGAAGUCCUGUGCCAUGGAAAUGCACAGUACAGCAGUGGUGGUGGUGGUGGUGGCGGUAGUACAGAGCGAGACGAAUUGGCUAACUUGCAAUCAAGUGAACGUGAUUAUGAUGGAGAGUCUGAAGCAUCUGAUUCAGGAGGUCAAAGUAAACCAACCAGUGGAGGAAGUGAACAAUGCACUGCAGAAGAUCGUGCUAUGCGUACAAAUCGUCGGAUAAGGCGACACUUGUAUCACUUGAAGAAACGAUGGUUGAACUUGAAUAAUAGCAUGCUAGACUUUAAAUGUCAACUUGAUGCUAUCUGGGAGCGUCUGUCCAAUUUCGGUUCAUUAUUAAAUGAUGCCAUUGCUCAAGUAAAAAGUGCUGAAUCAGUAACGCUUAAAUGGAUCCCUAUUGAACGUUUGGCAAGUGAACAUAUAAAAACGGAAUUAGAUCAAACUAAGUCUUUCUAUGAAGCUUGUGAGCCACUAGCGCAUUCAUUGGAUAGCCUUGAACGACAAGUCCUUCAGUUGCAAGAAAUACAAGUCCAGAUUGAGCCCAAAUUACGUGUACAACUCAACUGCAUCAGAAAUGAGUUUGAAAGGAUUCGUGUUGUCACACAGACUAGGAUUCAUCAUCUGAAUCAAAGUUUAUCCGCUCUUCAAAUGAUGCCUCAGAGACCUAGAUACCAAACUGUUACUCGUACUCCGUCACAACGUACUCAAGCAUCCCGUUAUGACCCGGUAGAACCACUUGAAACGUCUAUGCCAGAAGCUUCAGUGCAUACCAGGAGUGUUCCCUUACAUGAUUCUGUUCGUCUACCCUGGGAAAGAUGCGUUCACCCGUCUGGUACACAGGUUCCAUAUUACAAAAAUCAUGAAACUCAGGAAACUCAAUGGGAUCAUCCAAUACUAUGUGAUCUAAUGAAAUCAAUAAAACAAUUUAAUACUGUUCGAUUUUCAGACUACCGGACUAGUCUGAAACUACGUCGAUUACAAAAAGAGUUGUGCUUUGACUCAAUUAGUAUAUCAAUCGUUGCUGAGAAUCUAAAGCAUAUUGGUCAUUCACAGUCGAUAAGUAAUCCUAUGCUUGGCCAACAAACAAGUGAUCCCUUUGACCGAAUGAUAAGUGUACCACAGAUUAUUGAUUACUUACUGCAAUUAUUUAACCAUACGCGAGCUUUGUAUGGAUUGAAUAAUAGUGGCCAGUAUUCUUCAAAUGAUGGAGCAGAUGGACAGAAUUAUAGGAAGGAGACAACUUUAAGGCGCAGUGAAGGUGAGGCAGUCGUAAACGAUAGUCAAGAAGCUAAUUCGAAUAUGAAAACUGGUGUAACCGACCGUUAUUCUACAUUACCGGCUUCAGGAUCCUAUGAGGAUGACUUUAAGACAAGCACAAUGCAAUCUCAAAAUCAAUCGAAAAAUUGUAUGGGCAGCUUUUUGCGUUCCUCUUCAACAACACGGGGGCGUAAGUUAUCCUCGUCAGAUGAACAUGAGAACAGUAGAAAAAUGACUAAAACACCUGUACGUGAUCCAGGUUGUCAUACAAUAGAAAAUGAAAAUGCACUCAGUGAAGAUAAUCGAAGUUCUAGUCUUCCAAUUUGUACUAUCAUGCAAGUCAAUCCAAAAGGCAAUAGUAAUAUUAUUAAUGGUGGUGUUGAAAAGGAAAUGAACAUCACUAACCGUAGUCGAAAAAACACAAUGAGACGUAGGAAACAUUACCUUAUUGGUUCAAUUAAACGUCCAGUGAAUGUUUGCGUCGACCUUAUACUAAAUUGGUUAUUGAAUGUUUAUGAUCGUAUGCGACGUGGUACAAUCCGUGUUCUAUCAUUUAAGGUGGCACUGGCCUUGAUGUCAAUGGCAAAUUUAGAUGAAAAAUAUCGUUACCUUUUCAGUUUGAUAUCUGAUCGUGAUGGUUGUGUAGACGAACAACGAUUGGGUGCUUUACUUUACGAGUGUGUACUUAUUCCACGUAAUCUUGGUGAAACUGGACAUUUAGGCAAAGAAGAUUUCAAUCAAUGCGUAAAAGCCUGUUUUCAACAAGUCCUUGAAAUUUCUAAACACUCAGACAAAAUGGAUGGAACACUAACGUAUCAUUCUAAACCAUCAGCAAGGAUUGCGCAUUUCUUGACCUGGCUUCGUUUAAAUCCACAGACGUUAACAUGGCUGCCGUUGCUUCAUCGUCUUGCAUUAUCUGAACAAGUCAUCCAUCAUAUUCGAUGUAGUGUAUGCCAUAAUCAGCCUUUGGUUGGAUUAAGGUACCGUUGUCUUAGAUGCCUGAAUUUUGAUAUGUGUCAGCAAUGCUUUUUCGCUGGAAGAACAUCUAGGAACCAUAAGCUCACUCAUCCAAUGCAAGAAUACUGUAGUCAUUCUACUUCAACAGACUCAUUUCGUGAUUUUACAAGGAUUGUGAGAAAUCGUUUUCGAUCCAGAGAUCGGUUGAAUGAAGAGGCAGAAGGUCGCAAAUUAAAUUCAAAUGGUCAAAAAGUUCGUCGGUCUAGCACAAGUCGGACACGAUGUAAACGUCACAGUCUGAGUAGUUUCGAUGAAGACAAACCUCGUCCAGCACCAAUGUACAGUCAAGGCCCAUUCUCUGACUUUGCAGAAUAUCAAAAUUUAGACACUCCAACCAGUGCCGAAAAGCAAUACGCCUAUCAUAGUCCUGAAUCAAACACACAAUCAUUUGAAAAUCAUCACACCAAAGAGACAGCCGAUAGUAAUAAUGAGAGCAGUCAAGGUCAACACUUUUCACAGACGUGUAGACCACUAUCUAACUUAGCUAUGCCAUCAACUCAGUAUUCAAUGCCACCACGUGCAGCUUCCGAUACUCAGUCUACAAUGGCUAGACAGAACAAUAUAAAUGCAAAUUUGUUUACUACAACCCCUUCACCACAACCACCAAAUUUAGGCUCAAGAUUAAAAAAUGAAGCAAAUUAUCACUAUGGUCCUACUGCUGAACGGACAAAUCAAUAUCAGGGUGAUAAUGAGGAGGAACAUAAGUUAAUUGCACGUUACAGUCAAGAAUUAAGGCAACACAGUGAACCUGAAUUGCCUCAUGAACAACAUGCAUCCGUGCUUCAAUCAAUGUCUUGCUCUACCGGGCCGAUGCUGAUGGAAAGAUCUACAAUAUCAGAUGGUGUAUCAAGUAAUGUUCCUGGAAUGGAACCAGAGCCUAUACAACCAUUUAUUAGUGGACACCUAAGUUUAGAUCGAAGACAGGCCGAUCGUGGAAUAGGCCUCCCUCAAAUAGGAAUAGGCAAUCCUGCACUACGUGGUUCCUUUUCUGGAUGGACAGCGCGAGCUUUAAAUAAUGCUUCACGUAUGGAUAACCAGUACGGUCCAACUAGUUAUUUGCAUCAAGGACCUUACCAAACUUCUCUAUAUCCAGAUGGUAAUACAGAUGUUUAUAAUACACGUCAUAUUCAGCGUACAUUCUCUCUGAGAGCAAGAUCACAACCUCCACCUGAAAUUCAAGAAGCUAUGUGGAGACCUGUAGGAAGCACAAAUAUGCUUUGUAGAUCACCAGCCUACCAUACAAACUACGCGAUUCAACAUCAGCAACAACCUUAUGGACAGAUACAACAGACUGUUCGAUCACUGGAAGAUGAACAUCGAGCUUUGCAGUAUGAAUAUGAUCGUCUCAGACAGAAGUCUAUAACGCCUACUAAUAUAUCAGCUUCGUAUGGUACAAUGAAUCGUAUACAAUAUGCCCAGCAACGUGGUAGUGCCAGUGCCAGAAUACCAAAUCCAAAUCUGUUACUCUAUCCUCAACCUUAUCAACCAACAGAAACAGGACGUGUAAAUAGCAGUAUACACAGAACUAUAACCCCAACUAAUUCACCAUGUAGAACAUUAUCUAUGAGUAGUGGUCACUUCUCAUCUGGUCAAUUGUAUUCAGGCAUCGUUCCUUCAUCAACCCAGAAUGUACCUGGUGCGAAUUUUGGACGAGUAAAUAGUUCCUUUAACGAUCUUGGCUACACUGUCGACCAAUAUGGUUCUGAAAUGCGUGGUGCGUCGCAUAAAUAUUCAGGACAUAUGAAUGAAGCAGUAAUGGUCGGUGGCGUAGCCAAUGAAGCCCAUCAGGAAUCCCGAUUAUUGUGGGAACAUAAAGGUCGUUUAGAAGCGAGGAUGGUAAUGCUUGAAGAACACAACCGGCAACUGGAACAACAGCUGCAACGCCUGCGUCAGUUUCUUGUAAGUGGUAGUUCUGUGUCUGACGCUAUUCCGCUGUCCAACACACAUCCGAUAGGCGAAUAUGUGGUUGGGAGGGCAGGUAAUGAAAACCAAAUAAGCUUGCGACAGCGUUCUUCAUCCGGUGGUAUCAAUAAAAGUGAUCCCAGAAGUUGUUCAGGAAGUGUAGGUCAAUUAGCUGAAACACCUGUCGAGCAUAAUCAGCCUUAUUCUUCUGCCAGACAGAGUACACAAAGAUCAUUCUCAGAAAGGUCUUCAGGUAAUCCGCUUCAAACUGUCUCACAUCCAAUGGUUGAUGAUAUACUUACAGAUACCCAACAACCAAAACCACGUAACAGAGAUAACUUUCUACAACGAAAACCCUCUGAUGUAGAGCAAUAG